AUGUCGGAAGGUCAGAUAAUUCAGGUAGACAUGCCAGCAACUGAAGAAAAUGGCAAUGAGGAAAAAUUCGCAAAUUCCACCACAUCUAUAAGAGGGAAAUCGGAAACAGUACACAUCACCAGUGAAGAGUUGCAAGAAGACUUGAAGGAAGAAGAAGAAAAGAUGGAAGCCAGCAAAACAACCAGUGAUGUGGUCAAAAAGUUAUUUCUUAGUGAUAAAAUGGAUGAGCAAAGUGAUACAAAUGAAACCAAAGUGAAAGCACCUGAAGAAUAUGAAGAGGAAGAGAUACUACAGAAGAUAGCUACGAUGCCACUAGAAUGGUUUAAGAACAUGAAAAAUGUGCCCGAUGCUAUUGCAAAAAUUUAUUAUAAAGAUAUAAGCCGUCGCUGGGAAGAAUCUGAGUUACGAAUUAAAGAUGCUGAAACGCUGCUAUCCAGCGUCAAGUAUGAAGAUCGUUCUUUAGAAGAAGACCGCCUGGAAAUUCUUGGUGAACUUCUUGACAAAGCAACACAGUCAUUUGAAAUUUUCUAUGAACAUGAAAAACAUAAGAUACCAUAUGGGCAUCGUGUGGUUCUUGAAUCACGACUUUUAAUGGUUUUUAAUGAUGCUGUGAACUUGAUAUUUAAGAUAAUUGGAGAAUUUGAUAAGCUUAAAGGAGAUCAGGUUGGUGUGAACGAUGAAAGAGAUCAACUUCGCUAUGAAAUACGUAAUUGUGAUCAUGUGUAUACAGAAGUUCACGAGCGCUUUCUGAAAUCUUAUCUCGAACUGAAGUGGUAA